GUACUACCUACUACACAGACUGCUGAAGACUUCGUGCCUAACACUUUCCCGGCAAAAAUUGUGACGUCAAUCUGGACAUUUCUAAAAUAUGUUGGCACCACUGUCUGUCAUUGAAGCGCAUUGAAGUGAUUGAAGUUGAAGUACUAAACUUGUAAACUUGUUGCUUGAAGAGGUUUACUUGUGCCUAUUUGCAAUAUUAGAUAGAAUAAACUGUGUAUGUAAAAUACCAGAAGGGGGGCGCGGAAGGCUAGUGACUUUUCAACUGCUUUCAACAUGGGCUUAGAUUCUGUUACGGCGUGGGUUAUUGUGAGAAGAUACGACGAACUCGCCCCAGUUUCUCCAAGAUUAGCUUACUCUCCUACAUACAUUGAGUCUGUACGCAGUAAAAUCAAUUGUUUAGAACAACGUGUCCAGCGAGUAGAAUUGCUGGUGCCUGAAUUUCAAUCACGGAGAUUAGCUACCAUUGAACAAACAAUGCAGCAGCUGAGUUCAAAAGUGAAUUUUCUCGACAAGCGCUUAGAUGAGUUGGCUCCUGUGGAAUGGAAAGCACAGUUCCAGCAAUCCACUGUAACCUCAUAAUUGUGACUUACGAUCACCAAGAAUGAUGGGGUUUGCCCUGUAUUAUGUUUUUCACUUCUUAAAUGUACUAUAUUUGGAAAAGUAGGAAAUAUUUAAAGAGUAUAAUAAUUCCUGGUAAUGAAGUUAAGAUAAAUUAUUUUUAAUUUACUAUUAUAUGUAUGUAAAAAUAUGGAUGGCUUUUUAUGUAGAAAAAUGUAUUUAAAUUGUGUGUUAUAUUUCAGAUUAUGACAAUAGUUACUUAAUGGGCAGAUAUUUGAUGUUAGAUUAAUGAACUUCAAUAUAUGUUGUAUAAUUUUAUGUUAAUGUAUUUAAAAGUUAAGUAGCAAAGAAUUUGAAAAGAAAUUUUUGUUUAAAAUUUUAUUAAGAAUAUUCUCAAGAUGAAUAAACCAAUUUUGAAAAUUUCAGAAGAUAUGUGUUAUUAUUUCUGUUUCUGAGAAAUCAAUCAAUUCACUGUCAAUGGCAAAAACUAAUUCACAAAUCUGUGAAAUGAUGUCAAGAAAAAAAGUUAAUCGUUCAUUUACUUUGUUGCAAUAAGAUUUCCGAUUGUAGAUGCUAAGUUUAAUUUCAGAAAUUGAAGGUGAAAUAUUUUCUUACAAAUGACUUCUAACACACUUGGCCUCUUUAUCUUGGAAAGAAAUUGUUCAGAAGUAUUGCUAAUAAUUUGAUAAUGUUAUAAAUUAAGAACUGAUUUGGCAUAAUAUACAGAAAGUGGGAUGUCGGAAAUUACUUAAAGUAUUAAAAUUUAAAUUAUCAAACAUUGUGUCACUAGCCAGUACACACAGUUAUACAAUAAUUUAACUAAUUAAAUGCACCUUUUUAUAUAUUUACUUUAAUAAUAUAAAUGUUUCUUUUGUAAAUUAAAUUUCUAGCCAGGUAGCUCUCUCUAAAUAUAUAGUAUGUUUAUCAAUGUUUCCAAUGCUGUUUUCUAUUUGAUUAUAAUUUGAAAAAUUAGCAACUAUUUAGGAAUUAUAGUUGUUCAUCAUAUAUAGCUCAAACCUUUUUCCAGACAUAAUUGCCAACUUUACACAGUUUAGUUUUUUACAUAUUAGUUGAGAAAAUUGUGGCAGAAGUUUGCGUCUACCAUAGAACUUUGUUCCCAAAAGAAUCAUGACAUUACCAUGAAAUACCCAAAAGUAAAUUGCAAUAUAAUAUUAAUAUUGUAAUUAUCUUAGUUGAUAUGAAAUUUUUUAAUGAGAUUCAGCAGUGAUGUUGACAACUUAAUGAUUAUUUUGGGAUCAUAAGAGAAUGCCAUUAGAAAGAAUCUUUCCAAAUACUAUGCAUUUAAUGUACUGUAUGUAACAAUUGUUUUGUUGUUUAUGUAUAUGAAAAUUGUAAUUAAAGAUUCUAUUGUAAAUGCUUUGUAUUGUAGCUUAAGAGUGAUAUAUUGUCCUUGUUUGAAAAAUAAAACUAUUUAUUUAAUUA